AGCUGCUUUAAGAGGACUGGACCUGCAGCUUUGUCCUGAGGAAAAACUCCUCCAGCUUUUAUUUUCUUAAAUGACUUCUUCUUUUAAAAGCAAAGGCUCUUGAAGGGAUGUGGAGGAGACUGGCUCAGAUCCUGGGCCUGCUGCUCUGCACACUAGGAUGGGGCUUUGUGGGCUGCACCCUUGCAAUGGACCACUGGAGGAUGGCCCAGCUGGGGGGUCAAGGGGGCUCCUCCGUUGUGGUGACAGCGUUGUACUGGUCUGACCUGUGGAGGGACUGCUAUGAGGACUCCACCGCUCUGGUGAACUGUGUGGAUUUUGGGGUGCUGUGGACAGUCAAAACAUAUAUCCAGGUAGUCAGAGGGCUCCUGAUAAGCGGGCUCUGCCUCGGCUUCAUCGGCACAGUGCUCACAUUUUUUGGAAUGGAGUGCACGCACAUCGGCGGAGACCAGAGCAGUAACGACAGCAUGCUAAUAACAGCGUCUGCUUUCCAUCUGCUCGGCUGCGCAUCAGACGUGGCUGCUUAUUGUUUAUACAUAAACAGGGUGGUUGCGGCUUUUUUACACAGCAAAGCAGAUCCGUCAAAACUGAGCUAUGAAAUUGGAACCCCCUUAUACCUCGGCCUGGUGGGGAGUUUCCUCAUCCUACUCGGCUGUACAGUAAAGUGUGCAACUGCAUGCAGAGUUAACCACCCAAAAAGCAGACAUCCCAUGGUUCCCUUUGCCAGUGGACGAAGAGAAGAAAAAGUGCACAUCCGUCGAACGUCAAAAAGGUCAACUGACCUCAGAAACACUCCCUACAUGAUGGCCUCUGUUGUGACUGUGUAACAUUACAGAUUCACUUAACUGUCCAGCUCAGGAAGCAACAUAUAAUCAGUCAUAACCAGAAAAAUCACAAGCAGCAUACUGAGGACCAAAUGCACACUGCAAAAAAAAAAAAAAA